CCCGGGUUCAAUCCACACUGGGUGGGGGUGCCGGGGAACACCUCCCUAAUUUAUUGUAAUAAGGUUAUGAGUACAAUAGAGUUGAGAUUACAAACGGUGACUUGAAAGAACAAGAUAAAUGGAACGAACAUGAAUAAAAUUACAUCAACAAUUAAAAUCUUUUGAUGGGAUUCCAAUUGAAGCCUUAUGAUAAGGCCUGUUGUGAAACCUUAUGGCUCUCUUAAGAUAAGGCCUAAAUAUUGUUUCUUCUGGACGAGAUUGCCUAAAGCGCUGGAGGGCGGCUGCCAAUUUAUGCGGUGAAUCAAACCUCCCGUCCACUGGGUAGAGAAAGUAGUCUAUUUCGCUUUGAGGUCUUUUUGAGUGGCUUCGGGUGAUCAUGAGAUGAGAUGAGUAUCCUACCUGGUAGUAUAGUUGAGCAUCUUCUGUGGCUUCGUUUGGAGAGAUUUUGCAGAUUGUGUUUUUGCUUUUCUACUUUUGAUUUGCGUAAAUCCUUCAAAGUUUUCCUCCUCAAUUGUACAAUUUUCGGUAUUACCUGCAUGACUGCAUCAUAAAAAGUUAGCAUUUGGGUGUCAUCAGAAAUAGUUUCAUCACUGGACUGGAUCGGGAUAAGUGUAGUCACUGCAUAGUCUUGCGUCGGAUCAGAGAGGAUCCCAUCAUUUCCAUUCCGGGCCUCAAAAGUAUCAUAUCCAGCCUCAUAGGUAACCAGUUGGUGAAUACCCUCAGUUACCGCCUCGUGAUGGGUGGCCACCGGGGUUUCAUCAUAAUAAAAAGCCAACUCGCGUUGGACUGAGGCAGACUGAGUAGCAUCAACAGGGGCCUCGUUGUGGUCUAUUACCACUUGAAUGGGACCUAAACCCAUAUUUUUAGCAUCAACAGCAACAUAUUUAGGGACAAUAACUUCUUUAACGGGAUCACAAGUGAUUCUAGUAAGAUCGUUAACAGGAGCACAAUUAGAACCUGGCUUAUCAACUGAAAUAGGGGCAUUAGUUACAGUGGUAGUAAGUUCGUUAACAGAAGCACAAUUAGAACCUGGCUUCUCUAUUGAAACAGGGGCAUUUGUCAUAGAAAUAUCAAUAACGGAACCACCUGCCUGGACUUGUUUGGCAUUCACAGGGGCACAAGGAUAACAUGAGUUAUCAAUUGAGCAAAUAGUAUCUUGAAAUUUGGCCUUAUCGGUGGGAUGAGAAACUGCUAAAACACUUUCCAAAGUAGCAAUAUCAUCAAUAACAUCAGUAACAUCAGCAUUAUAGCCUUAUAGGUACCCGACUGUUGAGUAAUCAAAACAUGAAUAACAUUCGGUGAAACUUUGGUACAAGCAUCAAUACCAUUAGUAACAGGGACAUUGGCACUGCAGCUUGCACCCCCGCCCUUUGGCAGUGAACAUUUGGGGCAGUCCUUAUCUUUAUGUCCAAAACGAUGGCAGUUUUUACAGAAAAAAGGGUGUGUUUUUCGCCAUCGUAGGUGCGGCGCUGCUUUUUCGACGCAUCUUUGGCGUCGUAGUGCGUGGUUUGGACAAUCGUGGUAGCAGCGAUGGACAUGGUUAACGUGGAGGAGAAGUUGAUUGAUCAAUUCAAUGACAUGGAUUUGGGUCCUACGGCGGGUGCGCUACUGAUUGAUGAUGAUGGGGUUUCUGAAUCCGAAUCCGGAGAGACAACGAGAGAGGUAACCAAUCGAGCGACGAAGGUCCGGUCUCCUCCUGAGCCACCGCCAGGGGUUGAAAGAGGUGCUAGGGUUCAAGACAUUUAUUUUGAUUGUUUAGAUUUUCUCAUGCUUUGUCCUCCUCCGAUGAGAUUUUAUUAUUUUGUCAUUUGGAUUCUCGUUACUGUCUUUGUUGCUAUGUGUGUCAGUUUGUUUGGGAUUUUAGCCUUUCUUCAUGUCAUUAGCUAUGUUUGGAUCUUUGGAAACAGGGAUGGCUGUGUCAAGCCUGGUACAUGGUUAGCGAUUCGUGUUGCUCUUUCAAGGGUGACCGUCUUUAAGUCUCACCAUAGGGUUUACAGUCGUAGUUGUUGGUGUCUGUUUGGUGUCAGAUUUGUUUUUCAUCUCAUUGAUGUAAUGAUCCUAAAACUUAUGAUAUGAAUGUAGGCUAUUUUUGUUCAAAAA